CUGUGUCUGGUCCCAUGUCAAGUUUUGGUCUCACAAGAAGCCAAUCAACUAGUGGAGUGACACAGGGUAUGGGUGGUUCUGGACUUCCACUUUUUUCAGGGGCAUUUCAACCUCCUGGUGCACCUGAUUCACCAAAAUCUCUUCGGCACAUAUUCUCAGGAGCAGGUCAAGGACUCGCUGACGCGACACCUGGUGGUUCGGGUGGGUUAGACCUGUCAGAGUUCCCGGCACUAGCGAACAGAAGUCGACUAGAGAGUCUCAGCCGUGUGGAGGGUGUGGCACGUUUGGACAGUAUAGGGGGUGUUAGUGCACCUCCCAGCAGCUUAACCAACAGGCCAAGUUACGGUGUAGUGUCUAAACCUGCAGAACCCCCACCGGAUUUUUCAAUUCAUAACGAGGACUUCCCUGCUCUCCCUGGUUCAAAUACGUUUAAGUCAGAAAGCCAAGCGGACAGUUGUGCUCCCCAGGAUCCUUCCAAGCCAUCAGUUAUUAACACCAGCUCGAGCAUUUUCCCUGGAACAGAUCUUAGAGGCGGAUCGUCGUACGAACAAGCAUUGAAAGAUGUUGCAAAGGACGCAAGAUUCGCGACAGCAGAGGCAAAGGCGAACUCGACAAAUCACAAGCAACCACCAAGGGGAAUUCAGACAUCACCUUCAGGUAUGAUCUCAAACAUUCCAAAGGGAAUGGUAACAGAUCAGUUUGGAAUGAUAGGAUUGUUAACAUUCAUCAGAGCCGCAGAAACGGAACCCAAUCUUGUGACGUUAGCGCUCGGGAGUGACCUUACGACGUUAGGACUGAACUUAAAUUCACCAGAGAGUCUUUACCAUACGUUUGGUUCACCAUUUGCGGACAGUCCAUGUAGACCACAUGAAAUAGACUAUCACGUGCCCUCGGAGUACCGGAUAAACUCAUUUAUCCGGGACAAGCUUGCACCUAUCAAACUUAGUCGAUACACCGAGGAUUUACUCUUCUAUCUCUAUUACACGAAUGGAGGAGAUAUUCUCCAACUGGCGGCCGCAGCUGAACUGUAUGCACGUGAUUGGCGAUACCACAAAGACGAAAGACUAUGGUUGACACGUGCUCCUGGUGUUGACCCUCAACUGAAAACGAGUUCGUACGAGCGUGGCACAUACUACUUCUUUGACUGCAGUACGUGGAGGAAGGUUGCGAAGGAAUUCCAUUUGGAAUACGACAAGCUAGACGACAAACCUACGCUGCAAUCUGUGACAGCACAGUAACAUAUUUUGCCUGGCCGUGCGUAUUUGACUUUGGAGCUAGAAAUGUCUGUGUGGAAAUGAUUUCUCUUGUACACUGUCUCUGUAAUAAUAUUUUGGUCGUGUUUAAUACUUGUAAAAAGCUAUUCGAGAUGUGAAAUACCAGAUAUCAUUAAAGAGACUUUUGAGCAGU